AUGGACGAACGACAACAACCGGCGCAUUCGAGCGACCAGAUCCGACGACCAGGUCACACGUCAGCCAUGCCAUCACGUUCGGCUGAGUCUAGCAGGCGCAUGCAUCCCGACACCGAGUCUUUGCACGGCGUCAUGUCAAGAGUCGAUUCAUGGAUCGACGUUUCUUCGCAGCCGUCGUCGUCGUCUCUGUCAUCGGCUGGCGAAGAGAUUGUAACCACUGGACUGCGAGUGCAAGACGACCCUCGAACGAGGCGGCGACGAACACAGCGAUCCGACCUGCCGACACAUCUCCACAUCACAAGAACACAGUCUGCGGGCGGCACUAGCAGUCAGGAGGAAUACGAAGAGAGCGAGAGCGAAUCGGACAGGAUUAUGACAUCUUCUGGAGAGGGACCCAUGUUGGCAGCACCUCUAUCUCGACCUAGCAUGCCCUUCGUACAACGAGCCCAGCAGCCUUCGGCACAAGUCUCUGCUACUGUUCAAGACUCGGACGAUGAUGACGAGAACAGGACCGCGAUCAACUAUCCUAUUAACAACGACACCUGCUUUACGCCUCUACCCAAUGCUUUUUCACAUCCACCAAGUGCUGGUCAGGCACGGCAUGCGAGUCAGCCGGUUCCUGACUCAUACUUUCCUGCAACGAGGUCGAUACCUGCAACACGAUCAUCGACUCGUCAGUCUCUUCCUGCGAAUAUGGAACGACGUCACAGCCAUCUACCACACAAUGUGUUGUCACCAUCGUUCAACGCAGCUGCAGAACAUGACGAAGCACUACGGGCCAGUCUAACGAGCCUGCUUUCCGUUGCGGCUGCCGCGCGAGGCUUGCCAAAGGUACGGCCUCAAGCCGCUGAGACGGCGCUUCCGCCGCGCAGCAACAGGGUCGACCCGUCGACGUUCAGGAUGGUGCCAGAAUCCGCGCUGCCCGUGAACUCUCCAACACAAUUCCAGGAACCUACCUUCAAGCCUACCAUCAGAAGAACCUCUACCAACUCGACAUCGACAUCAGAUCGGACAAAGGACCAUAAACGGAAAGCAGUCGCAGUACCGACACGGAGCGCCAGUCGAGAACGCCGAGCACUUAAGAAGGCUCGAAGGUCUGCAUCGACCGAGGACUUGCACGUUACCCCAACUCUCCUAACUUGGGUAGUGUCCGCCGGUAUCGUAGUGUGUUUGAGCGCCCUAAGCUUUACUGCUGGCUACACCGUCGGCAAAGAAGCCGGUAGGCUAGAGGCCACCGAGCUCAUGGCAGAUGAACAGCUCCGAACUUGUGCUCGAGAAGCAGGAAGGUCGAGUCUCGGCUUGAAGCGUUCAUUGGCACGGAGUGCGAUUCAGGCAUAG